GAAGAACACUUUUUAAUCUUUUCGCACUUGCUCUGCCCGCUCAAACAGUUGCAGGAUGUCGAUGACAGACUUGCUCAGCGCUGAGGACAUCAAGAAGGCGAUAGGAGCCUUUGCUGCUGCAGACUCCUUCGACCACAAAAGGUUCUUCCAGAUGGUGGGUCUGAAGAAAAAGAGCCCGGAUGAUGUGAAGAAGGUGUUCCACAUCCUGGACAAAGACAAGAGUGGCUUCAUCGAAGAGGAUGAGCUGGGGUUCAUUCUGAAGGGCUUCUCCUCAGAUGCCAGAGACCUGUCUGCUAAAGAAACAAAGACGCUGCUGGCCGCUGGGGACAAGGAUGGGGACGGCAAGAUUGGGGUUGAAGAGUUCUCCUCCCUGGUGGCUGAAAGCUAAGUGGCACUGACUGCCCGGGUCUCCCAUCCCUCCACCCCCAACGCCCCAUCUCAGCCCUUCUUGCGGCCCUCCUGAGUUUCUGUUCAGUUUGUUUAUGUUAUUUUUUACUCCCCCCAUCCUCUAUGGCCCUUGAAUGAACACCAUUCUUCUGGAAAAUGCUGGAGAAACAAUAAAGGCUGUACCAAUCAGA